CGGUAUUGGUGUGUGACCACAGCUUCGAUCGAGGAGUCGGAUUCGUCAUGGUCACCGAGUGCCAGGUCCACCAGCGGCGCCAUCUCCCACAACGGGACCUGCUUUCCACUGUCAUCGAGAACCUUACAACAAGAGCAUCGCAAGUGGCUGCUGCAGAUGCAGAAGUCGAACCAUCACUCGCUCUCAUGUUUCUCGACAAUAUUCAUCUCAUCUAAGUUAGUUGCGUCGAGAAGAAAUUUGCGUCAUCCCCCGUAGAAUCUGUAGCGUUGCGUUUGAAAAAACUGAAAUGCAGGGGGGGGUGGGUACUUAGAGUCGUGGAUGGUUUGGCCUCCGCGUUGUACAACGGGUUUCGAGAAUUGAUGCGCAAGACAGCGGUUGGGUUCACGCCCUUCUGUGUGAAUUCUCAUCUUCGAGUAGCAGACAGUCUCGACACAAUAUCUCUGUCGAGAUUUAGUCAUGUUCAAUUCGAAGACACAAUCGUGUCUUGAUAAUCAAGUCUUGUGUCAGUUUGGUUAACUUUACUCAGGUUGAUAAGGUUCUGGCUUGGAGUUGCUGGGUACCGCAUCGGUGCAGACACAUAGAUUCGCCCUUCGUCACUCACGGCGAUUACGUGAGGUUUCUUGCAAGCAAGAUGAGCGCCAUCAGAAAAGCAGUACAAAAAUUUACAAAUAUUAUGCCGCCUUUAGUCGCACAAGACCUUUCAACGGCUAGCCAAACAUGGGCUCCACGGCGUUGUCAUUUGCAGAAGGAGCUGUGUGUGAGUAUCCAUGAAGCAACAUUCUAUUUCUUCCUCGGCAAUCAGAGCAAAAUUUUGGCCAUCUCCUUCUCCUUCAGACCUAUCACUUGAUAAAUCUUUGAGAAGCGGUUUUGCUUGAUUUUCAAAUCGUCGAGGCGAGUAUAUACGAACGCAUUCAAGUGCUGCAUCAAGCGUGGUCCAGGUUAUGGAGGUCUCAAGGUUCGGCAACGCCAAGGACAGGCUAGAGCAAGAGCGGGAGCGAGGAGAAGCGCAUUCCAGCGAUGGGAUUACGCCAGACUCACAAAACCGCCACAUACGAAACAGGGAAGCCAUCAGCAACAAAUGCUCAAGACGUCUCUCCUCAGUAUACCACGCCUGUUCACCGUGAGGAGAGGGAUUGAUGAGCACGACGAGCAGCUCUCAGGCAACGCCAUGGAGUCUGCGGAGACUGCCGACGGGCAUAUUCAAAGGGGUGAUGGUCGUCAUAUGAUGGCGGAGCGCAAGCGGCGAGAGAAGCUCAACGAUCGAUUCGUGACGCUCCGAAGCCUCGUUCCUUACGUUUCCAAGCAAGACAAAGUGUCGCUGCUAGGCGAUGCCAUCGACUUCAUCAAGGACCUACAGCGGCAAGUCGAAGAGCUCGAAUCUCGAAGGAAGAUCUCCGAGAACCCCAGCAAGCCGCGUGUGGAGAUCACAGUGGAGAACAACCGAGCAGUUUUCGAGAUUUCUUCUCCUUGGCGGCAAGACCUAUUGAUUGCCAUACUGGAGACAUUCGUAGGCACCCACAUGCAGGUUGAAGACGUCGCUGCCAAAGUCUCCAAGGACACAUUCAAAGCGACCCUGAAAGCCAAGGUUACGAGUUCCGGCAUAGACGACGACGACGACGAUGAAGACAAAAAGAGCAUAAAACAAAUUCGAGAAACUUUGCUGAGUGUAGUUAAUGGAAACAACUCUCCGACAUUCGAGAAACUUUGCUGAGCAGAUCAGCCUUUCCGAAGGCGUUCAGAUCUUGCUUCUGAAACGAUCUUGUGAUCCCUAAGAAUAUGCAGAGGUGCCCAUUGCCGAUUUGAGCAACUUAUCUGAGCAAAUUCAGUGCUGUAGGUUGGAAACUCCCUUAAAUUCCACAUGCAGGUGAAAAAAGUACACUAAGAUUUCCCUUCGAAAACUUGGUUUAGUAGUGUAAAUCAGGGUACUACAGUUCAGUGUGGAUGCUAAAAAAAUCCUGAUUAAUUAGACACUACAUUCUUUCAUAGUGAAAAAUCUUUUUAUAUUAAA